ACGCGCCACACCUGUCCGAGGGGCGGUCGCGGCGAGGGGCGGGCCUGGGGCCUGGGACAGCGGCGGCGAGGAGGGAGGAGGGAGCACGCGUUUCAUCAUCGCCCGCGCCGGCUGCGGCCACUUAUAAAAACUUUUGGACGAACAUUCCCCCGCUCUGUCUCCUCGCCGCGCGCCGCGCUCGCCACCCGCCGGCCCGGUCGCGCCAGCCCCGGCACCCCGAGGCCCUGCUACCACCGCUUCGGCCAGGACAGAAGGGACGCCGCCCGCCGCUACCAUGGGGCUGCUGCCCGAGCCCGGCUCGCCCCAGGGCAGCGACGCCCCUUCGGGCCGAGCCGGCCGCUGUCCCCGUUCCAUCUUCCGCAACAUUAAGAUGUUCGUGCUCUGCCAAGGCCUCCUGCAGCUCUGCCAGCUCCUCUACAGUGCCUACUUCAAGAGCAGCCUCACCACCAUCGAGAAGCGCUUCGGGCUUUCCAGCUCUUCCUCAGGUCUCAUCUCCAGUUUGAACGAGAUCAGCAACGCCACCCUCAUCAUCUUCGUCAGCUACUUCGGCAGCCGGGUGCACCGGCCGCGGCUGAUCGGCGUUGGUGGGCUCCUGCUGGCUGCAGGUGCCUUCGUGCUCACGCUGCCGCACUUCCUCUCAGAGCCCUACCAGUACACCUCGGCCAGCAUCGCCAACAGCAGCCGCUUCCAGGCCGAGCUCUGCAGGAAGCACUGGCAGGACCUGCCCCCCAGUAAGUGCCACAGCACCACCCAGGAUCCCCGGAGGGAGACCAGCAGCAUGUGGGCCCUCAUGGUGGUCGCCCAACUGCUAGCCGGCAUUGGGACCGUGCCCAUCCAGCCGUUUGGGAUCUCCUAUGUGGAUGACUUCGCAGAGCCCAACAACUCUCCCCUGUACAUCUCCAUCCUGUUUGCCAUUGCUGUGUUUGGCCCGGCCUUUGGGUACCUGCUGGGCUCUGUCAUGCUGCAGAUCUUUGUGGACUACGGCCGUGUAGACACUGCUGCUGUGAACCUGAGCCCAGGGGACCCCCGCUGGAUUGGAGCCUGGUGGCUGGGCCUGCUCAUUUCUUCAGCCCUCUUGGUUGUCACCUCUUUGCCCUUCUUUUUCUUCCCUCGGGCAAUGUCCAGAGCUGCAGAGGGGUCACCUGCCAUAGCAGAGGAGGCUAGGAAGAUGGAGGAGGUCAAGUCCAGAGGCUCCCUGGUGGAUUUCAUUAAACGCUUUCCACGCAUCUUCCUGAGGUUACUGAUGAACCCGCUCUUCUUGCUUGUGGUGCUGGUCCAGUGCACCUUCUCCUCCGUCAUUGCUGGCCUCUCCACAUUCCUCAACAAGUUCCUGGAGAAGCAGUAUGGAGCCUCGGCCGCCUAUGCCAACUUCCUCAUUGGUGCCGUGAACCUGCCCGCAGCAGCCCUGGGGAUGCUGUUGGGAGGCAUCCUCAUGAAGCGGUUCGUGUUCCCGCUGCAAACCGUCCCACGUGUGGCCGCCACCAUCAUCACCAUCUCCAUGAUCCUCUGCGUGCCUCUCUUCUUCAUGGGAUGUUCCACACCGACAGUGGCUGAGGUCUACCCCCCAAGCACAUCAAGUUCUAUAAGUCCCCAGCCCCUCGCCUGUCGCAGGGACUGCGCGUGUCCUGAUUCCAUCUUCCACCCAGUCUGCGGAGACAAUGGCAUUGAGUACCUUUCCCCUUGCCACGCUGGCUGCAGCGAUAUGAACAUCAGCUCUGCAGCCUCCAAGCAACCGGUCUACUUGAACUGCAGCUGUGUGACUGGAGGCUCGGCUUCGGCGAAAGCGGGGUCCUGCCCCAUCCCCUGCGCCCGCUUCCUGCUCCCCACCAUCUUCCUCAUCUCCUUCGCAGCCCUGAUUGCCUGCGUGUCCCACAAUCCCCUCUAUAUGAUGGUCUUGCGCGUGGUGAACCAGGAGGAAAAGUCAUUUGCCAUCGGGGUCCAGUUCCUGCUGAUGCGCUUACUGGCCUGGCUGCCAGCUCCAGCCCUCUACGGCCUCACCAUCGACUACUCCUGCGUCCGUUGGAGCUUUCAGUGCUCCGGGCGGCGAGGGGCCUGCAUCUACUAUGACAACGAUGCCCUGCGGGACAGGUACCUGGGUCUGCAGAUGGGCUACAAGGUGCUGGGCACGCUGGGGCUCUUCCUGGUCAGCUGGAGGGUGAAGAAGAACAGAGAGUACAACGUGCAAGAGAAGGCAGCCGGCCUCAUCUGAGCAUGUGCCCUGCCCCGGGCCUGGCUGGCCUGGCCACACUGCCUUACUUACUAGUGUUAACACGCCCUUUCUUUUUGUUUUGUUUUGUUUGUUUGUUUUUAAUAUGAGGGAAGAUCCUAGCCACCAUUUGCCUUCCAUCUCUCCAUCUCCCAGAGGACCCCACUCCCAGCUCCUGUGAGCUACUAUGUACCCCAACUGGGUGGGCACAGAGCUGUGCCCGAGUUCCUCUUGGUGCUGGAUCCCCACCAAGGCAGCCCUGCCCCUCACCAGCCUGGGAACAAAAGGACUGCCUUCCCUCCUUCUCA